AUGAAAGAUAGGGAAUUCCUGAACAUGAAUGAGAGUAUUAGACAGCUAAAUCAAGCCGUCCAAGAAUAUGGCUUUGGAUAUAAUGGGGAAAUUUUUGUGACCAGAAUGGAUCCUCAGGCUUUUAUUAGGCUGUCAAUAAGCUCACUGGGAUUGAGGAUUCCUGGAACAGCGUUGAAGUCUGAAAAAUCUGGGAUUCAUGCAUUCUCUUCUCCAUAUUCGUGUGAAAUUCGCCUCCGAGGAUUCCCUAUGCAGACAGCGUCAGUCCCCUUAGUAUCCUCUUCUGAAGCUACACUUGAUUCUCAUACCAUUGCCUCAAGUUUUUACCUUGAAGAAUCAGAUAUUAAAGCGUUGCUGGAACCUGGGUGUUUCUACAGUCCUCAUGCCUUUCUGGAGAUUGCUAUUUUCACAGGGAAGAAGGGGUCCCACUGUGGUGUAGGGGUCAAAAGGCAGCAAAUUGGGACAUAUAAGCUGGAGGUUGGUCCUGAAUGGGGGGAAGGAAAGCCAGUGGUUCUCUUUAGUGGGUGGAUAGGUAUUGGAAAAAACAAGCAGGAGGGUGGAAAAUUGAGUGCCGAGCUUCAUUUGAGAGUAAGAUUAGAUCCUGAUCCAAGAUAUGUAUUCCAGUUUGACGAUGUCACAAAACUGAGUCCUCAGGUUGUGCAGCUUCAAGGCUCCAUUAAGCAGCCUAUUUUCAGUUGCAAGUUCAUCCGAGACAGGGUUCCCCAUGCGGAUCCAUUGAGCACUUACUGGUCAGGUUCUGCUAACAAUCCUGAUCUCGAAUCAGAGAGAAGAGAGAGAAAGGGAUGGAAGGUGACCAUACAUGAUCUCUCUGGCUCGGCUGUUGCAGCAGCCUUUAUAACAACUCCAUUUGUUCCAUCAACAGGUUGUGAUUGGGUUGCAAGGUCCAACCCAGGAGCUUGGAUGAUUGUUAGUCCUGAUCCUUGCAGGCCUGACAGUUGGCAGCCAUGGGGAAAGCUUGAGGCAUGGCGUGAGCGUGGCAUUAGAGACUCCGUUUGCUGCCGAUUUCGCCUUCUUUCUGAAUGCCAAGAGGCAGUGGAGCUCCUCCAGUCUGAAAUCCGCAUCAAUGCUGAAAAGGGUGGGGAGUUUUUCAUAGACACAGACAAACAGAUGCGAGCAGCAGCGGAGGCAGCGGCCGCCAGUCCAAUACCAAGCCCACAAAGUAGUGGAGACUUUGCAGGUUUAGGUCCAGUUGUAGGUGGUUUUGUUAUGAGCUGUAGAGUGCAAGGGGAAGGAAAGAGCAGCAAGCCAUUGGUACAACUAGCCAUGAGGCAUGUUACGUGCGUGGAGGACGCCGCCAUCUUCAUGGCUCUUGCAGCUGCUGUUGAUCUCAGCAUUGAGGCAUGUAGGCCCUUCCGCCGGAAGUUCAGGAAACCAUCCUUCCAUUCUUUAUGA